AUGCGUUCCGUGACCAAGACAGACACCGAUGGGAAUUCCUCCGCUGAAUCCUCGGGGAAUUCGAGUCCAAAUAAUCUGAACGAUGAACACGCGGAUGAUCCCAAUGAAAUACCUGGAAGUAUAUUAUACGUAGAUAGCGGAAUAACCUACCCGAAAUACUAUGACGAGCCGUACUUCGAUGAGGUGGAAGAACUCCUGGGUUCCUCUUCAUCACCAGCUCCUUGCACCCUCGUGUGGAGAGACGUGACCGUACAUAUCAAACUGAAAAAUGGAAAGCUCAAGAGAUUAGUUAAUAAUGUGAGCGGUAUUGCAAAACCCGGAACUCUAGUGGCCCUCAUGGGACCUAGCGGUGCCGGCAAAACGACCUUGAUGACCGCGCUGGCCCAGAGAAGUCCAGACGAUACAAUAGUGGAUGGUGCAAUCGCAAUGAAUGGUAUACCUAUAGGAGAUUUCAUGCAUCGUGAGAGUGGGUACAUGCAUCAAGAUGAACUGUUUGUUGAAAAUCUCACUGUAAUGGAACACCUUACUAUAAUGUCUCGUUUGAAAAUGGACCGUCGUACGUCCCCUUUGGCUAGACGGCGAAAAGUCAAUCAGUUAUUGAGACAACUGUCUCUCUACGGAGCCAGACAUACAAGGAUAGGUGGCUUGGACGGGUUAAAAACUCUGUCAGGGGGCGAAAGGAAACGACUGGCAUUUGCUACUGAGUUACUGACUGACCCAGGACUUCUGUUCUGCGAUGAGCCAACAACUGGUCUGGACUCAUCAUCAGCACAGAAGCUCAUAACUUUAUUACGAGCAAGUGCUGUUCAAGGCAAGACCAUCAUAUGUACGAUACACCAACCUUCAUCUGAACUAAUGGCCUUGUUUGAUAAGCUGGUGUUGCUUGCUGAAGGACGAGUCGCCUUCGCUGGAAAUGCCUCCGGAGCUUUGAGUUUCUUUGAAAGUCUGGGCUACCAAUGCCCCAUAACAUACAAUCCCACCGAUUAUUUCAUCAAAGUUUUGGCGUUAACCCCUGGAUCUGAAGGUGCAUCGAGACAGGCAAUCAAAAGCGUUUGCGAUAGAUUCGCUGUGAGCGAUGCAGCUAAGGAAUUGGAUAUGGAGAUCCAUUUAGAGUUCCAUAUUAUGGAGAAUGAAGACGAGGAAUCAAAGAAAUUAAAAUUCACUCAUUAUAAGCCGCCGUUGGUUCACACGAAAAUAGCCUGGCUUGUGUAUCGAUACCUGCUCAUCAUCAUUCGAGAUCCAAGAGUUCAAUUAGUGAGAAUUAUACAAAAGCUGGCUAUAGCGAUAACAGCAGGGCUGUGUUUCCUUGGAACAGCUCGCCUCACCCAGGCUGGUAUACAGGAUGUUCAAGGAGCGCUCUUCAUCAUCAUCGCUGAGAACACCUUCAUUCCUAUGUACUCAGUCCUCAAUAUGUUCCCUGAAGAGUUUCCCCUCCUCCAAAGAGAACUCAAGGCUGGGCUGCACUCAACAACCAUAUAUUAUGUAUCAAGAAUGCUUGCUUUGUUGCCAGGAUUAGUGAUAGAGCCCACGUUGUUCACUCUAGUGGUGUACUGGGUCGCGGGCUUGCGGGCUACGCUCUAUGCGUUUGGCUUUACUGUUUUGCUCGCCAUACUUGUACUGAACGUGGCAAUCGCUUGUGGAUCAUUCUUUUCCUGUGCUUUCGGUUCCAUGCCGCUGGCCAUCGCUUACCUCGUCCCCUUUGACUAUUCCCUCAUGAUGACUUCAGGAUUAUUUAUCAAACUGAGCUCCAUGCCGAAAUACGUGUCUUGGAUACGGUACAUGUCCUGGUUGAUGUACUCCAACGAAGCCAUGAGCAUCCUCCAGUGGGAUGGAGUUCAGAACAUAACGUGUACACUACCAGAGAACGAAGCGCCAUGUGUGAGUUCUGGCCAGGAGGUCCUACAAGUGUAUGACUUUGAGAAGACCAAAUUCUGGAUCGACAUCAUGGCACUGGUAAUAAUGUAUCUGACCUUCCACCUGCUGGCGUUACUCGCGCUCCGAUACAGGACCCGGAGAAAAUGA